UAACAAUUUCACAGAGUUGUCUCUCUCUCUCUCUCUCUGUUUCUCACUCUUUCAGAUUUUAGUAGCUCCUGAAAUUUUUUAAAACAACUAAGAGAAAUGACCAAGUUUUGGACUUUGCUCACUGCUCUUCAUACAGGCGCUGGGCCUGUGGUGAUGUUGGUGUAUCCAUUGUACGCAUCGGUGGUAGCGAUGGAGACCGCAACGAAAGUAGACGAUGAACAGUGGUUAUCCUACUGGAUCAUAUACUCGUUCCUAACACUCACGGAGCUGAUUCUGCAAUCGCUUCUUGAGUGGAUUCCUAUUUGGUACUCAGUCAAACUUGUGUUUGUAGCUUGGUUGGUUCUGCCUCAGUUCCAUGGCGCAGCUUUCAUCUACAACCGUUUGGUUAGAGAACAUUUCAAGAAACACGGUGUCUUCCCUCAACACCAGUCCAAGCCCACCAAGCCCAAGAUCCUCCACUCCAUUUCCCCCACCGGGAGGGACACGAGGCUCACUCUCACUGACGCAAGAACAAACAAAAUUAAAGAAAAGAGGAGUGAGUAGACACAAGAAGCUUCUUUAGCUAGUAUUGUAAUGGAGUUGGUGGUGGUCCCGUCUUGUCUAAUCUUACGUUUAGCUUUUGUUUAUACAAAAAAGAAUGGGUUUGGGGAAGGAUAUGAUCAUAUGAUGAUGACUGAUGAGUUGUGUGGUCGUUUUAAAAUUAGAUGCGACUUUUUGUUGUUGUAUUUCUUUAGCUUCUUCACGUAAUUUCCAUUUGGGAACACAAGUGUUACGCUAUUGUUGUUUAACUCGCUUUCAAACUUUGUGAGAAUAAAGUGUCACCAUGUUAAAAAAUAA